AUGUCCAACGUCCACGAGAAAGUUGUUGGUCAAGAUGUUGUGCAACCAUCGGAUCGUGACAUUGAAAUCAACGACAAGGCCCCCUCGCCAACGGCACAGUCAUUUGAUGGCGAAAAGAGCGAUGAAGAGCUCGAUAGCAAUGCCCAAGAUGGUGUUCGAAUAGCAGAGGCUACCACCCAGGCAUGGAGCAAGGCGCACUUGUACACGGCUUACAUUAUGAUUUGGUGUAUAUACUUCGUCAAUGCUAUGCAGCAAACAACUACCGGAUCUCUCACUCCUUACGUUACCAGUUCGUUCUAUGAGCACUCGUUGACUGCCACAACUUCCGUCAUGUCGAGCAUCAUUGGUGGAUUGACAACUCUUCCGCUAUCCAAGAUUCUUGAUAUCUGGGGACGUCCACAAGGUUUCCUCUUGAUGGUGAUCAUUCUCACUCUCGGUCUCAUCAUGAUGGCUGCUUGCAACAAUGUCAAGACAUAUGCCGCGGCUCAAGUCUUUUACUGGGUUGGAUACAACGGUUUGAACUACACCAUGGGCAUCUUCGUUGCCGAUACCUCGUCAUUGAAGAGCCGAGGAUUCGCUUUUGCCUUUAUUUCAUCGCCAUACAUCGUCACAGUCUGGAUUGGUGGUCCAAUCGCUGAGAGUUUCUUGAAGACCUCUGGGUUCCGAUGGGGAUUCGGUACCUUUGCGAUUGUCACUCCUAUCGUCUGCAUGCCACUCUUCGGAUUGUUCAUGUACAACUACUUCAAGGCCAAAAAAAUGGGUUUGAUCAACACCACACCAAGCGGUCGCUCCAUUCCUCAGUCGGUCUGGUACUACCUCAUCCAGUUCGAUAUCAUGGGCUUGCUCCUGAUUUGUGCUGGCAUGUCUUUGUUCCUCCUGCCAUUUAGUCUUUACUCCUUCCAAUCCGAUGGAUGGAACUCACCAUUGAUCAUCUGCAUGUUGGUCUUUGGAAUUGUCUUCCUCAUCGCUUUUGCUCUCUACGAGCGAUUCCUCGCCCCAGUCACCUUCAUUCCAUUCAAGCUUUUGACCGACCGAACAGUCUUGGGAGCCUAUAUCCUUGCCGGUGUACUCUUCGUUGAGUUCUACAUCUGGGAUAGUUAUUUCACAUCCUUCCUUCAGGUGGUCAACAACCUCACCGUUACCCAGACCUCUUACGUUGCAAACAUCUACUCUAUCGGAUCAUGUUUCUGGGCCCUUGUCGUCGGUGCCGCCAUUCGCUGGACUGGUAAAUUCAAAUGGGUUGCCCUCUACUUCGGUGUCCCAAUCACCAUCCUCGGUGUCGGUUUGAUGAUCAAGUUCCGUGCACCAGAUGAGAACAUUGGAUACAUCGUCAUGUGUCAAAUCUUCAUUGCAUUCGGUGGAGGAGCUCUCGUUAUUUGCGAACAAAUCGCCGCCAUGGCCGCAGCCAAUCAUCAACAGGUCGCUGUUGUCCUCGCCGUCGAGGGUAUGUUUUCCUCUAUCGGUGGUGCUAUCGGAUCCUCUGUUGCAGCAGCCAUCUGGACUGGUGUCUUCCCCAAGAAGCUCGCCGAACACCUCCCACAAGAAUCCCUCGGCAAUCUCACUGCCAUCUACGGCUCGCUCAGCACCCAACUCAGCUACCCAGUCGGCAGUGCAACCCGCGAUGCUAUCAUCACUUCUUAUGGAGAGGCUCAGAAGCUUAUGCUAAUCUCUGCCACCGCUGUCUUGGUGCUUGCCGUUGCUGCCGUGGCUGUCUGGAGGGAUAUCGAUGUUAAGAAGUUCAAGCAGGUCAAGGGCAUGGUCUUCUAG